UAACUUACACACAGAUUUUUGCAAAUGAGUUCUGCGCAUGUUCCAUAUUUAAGUCCGUAAUAAAAUGUUAACUUUUAAAAAUGUUUUAUAAUGUGUAAUGUAACUUUAAAUCCGGGAAACAUUAAUAAUGAAAAUCAACUUGACGAUUCGGACAUUUAUUUAUAUUUUUAUUUUAAGGUUUGCUUGUCCUAAAAAUUUAGAGGACAAUCUGAAAAUCACAGAUUUUCUUCAUUUACGCGAAAAUCAUAAUAUAAGAGCACUUGAUAGGGGUCCAUACUUUGAUACGUCUGCAACGAAAAAUGUGACUUCCUUAGUUGGAAGAACUGGGAGUCUAAAUUGUAGAAUAAGAAACCUUGGGAAUAAAACGGUAUCGUGGAUACGUCAUCGAGACUUGCAUCUUUUAACUGUAUCUGAAAGCACUUACACUUCAGACCAGCGAUUUUCUUCAAUUUACAAUAAACAAACUGGAGAUUGGUCUUUACAGAUAAAAUUCCCUCAAUUGCGUGAUUCUGGAGUUUAUGAAUGCCAAGUAUCUACAACUCCCCCAGUUGGCUAUACAAUGGUAUUUUCAGUUGUAGAGCCUAUCACAAGUAUUUCUGGAGGGCCUGACAUAUAUAUUGAUUUGGGAUCAACAGUUAAUUUAACAUGCGUAAUUAAGCACCUUCCUGACCCACCUACUACAGUGCAUUGGAAUCACAAUAAUCAGGAGAUAAAUUAUGAUUCACCUCGCGGAGGAGUCUCGGUUAUAACGGAGAAAGGAGACAUAACUACGUCUCAUCUAUUGAUUCAAAGAGCCAAAAAAACAGAUUCAGGAAAAUACUCUUGUUUGCCCUCAAAUGCAAAUCCUGUAUUGGUUAAUGUGCAUAUAUUACAAGGUGAUCAUCCGGCAGCAGUACAAAAAGCACAAAAAAAAAUAGCUGGAAUAAUAAGUUUUAUAAAUCUUGUUAUCCUCUUAGCAAUUUCUUAAAGAAUCAUCAUAAGUUCAACCAUUUUUUAUUUAAUUUUUAAAUAUAUAUAUUUGUACAAAAUCUAAUCAGUAAAUAAACAAAAAAUUAUUCAGUAACAUAAAAA